GCGGAACAUUCCAAGCCAACUCUGUGAACAGUGAGACGCGUGCGACUGUGAAUUGUCAAGACUCACAGGACCAAACUUCUUCGGUUUUGGUGCUUACCGCGUUCAGCAAUGCCGCAAUCAUACCCGUUCUGGCUCGGAGGCAUCGGCGCCUCCAUGGCCGCUUGCUUUACGCAUCCGCUGGAUCUCACCAAAGUGCGGAUGCAGUCCGUUGAAGCAACGGCCCCCAACCCUUCUAUGAUUUCUAUGGUGCGGACCUCUUAUCAAAAAGCCGGGCUUAGGAGUCUCUACGUCGGAUUGUCCGCUUCUAUCCUCCGCCAAAUGUCCUACAGCCUUGUCCGUAUCGGUACCUACGAGGAGUUCAAGAAGCGUCUCCAGAAUCGUGGAAAUCCCUCGGCUGCUACACUUCUUUUUGCCGCUAGCAUUGCCGGUGGUAUUGGUGGAGUGGCUGGAAACCCUGCAGAUGUCAUACUGGUACGUAUGACUAGUGACGUCCUCCGACCUCCAGAAAAGCAGUACAAGUACCGAAACGCGAUCACGGGUCUCAUGUCCUUGAUCAAGGAAGAAGGUGUCAAAGGCCUUGCCAGGGGCCUGGGUACGAACACGACGAGGGCGGUCCUGAUGAAUACGGCACAAGUUGGAUCCUACGACUUCUUCAAAACUUCCCUCCUUAAAACUCGCGUUCCUGUAUUCGAUUAUCAGUUUAAGGAUAAUUUCUUCCUUCAUGUUGUGGCAAGCCUGGCUGCCGGUACUUGCGGAACUACCGUGACUUCCCCCGUUGAUGUCAUUCGAACUCGAAUCAUGGGCUCCAAUAUAAAGUCAUCUCCCGUAGGGGUCUUCCUCAAAUCGUUGCGUGAGGAGGGUGCCCUCUUUAUGUUCAAGGGAUGGACGCCAGCGUUCAUCCGCCUGGGACCAAAUACUGUCCUUAUGUUCGUAUUCUAUGAGCAACUCAAGCGUGCAUGGUCUGCCACCUUCCAUUGAACAGUCGUCGCUAAGGAAUUUCACCUACCAUCUAACAUAGAUAUCCUGCAUGCUAGAUCUUAGAGUUAUCAUCUUAUUUAUGUCACAUACCUGUAGUAGUAUACAUUGUCUUAGUAUACGUAGAUACCACUUUAGAAAAUUU